UUGCAGACUGCGUGGUUGGCCGGCAAGAGCCAUUAUCUCAUUCCGGCUGGAUGCAAAAAAUGGUGCGCAGUGGCACUGCUGGGAGCUCGUGAAGCGAAAAUGAAUGAAAACAACUUCCGGUAUUACUUUACACACUGUGCACAUUAUCCAGUACAAAUAUUGUGCGGGAAUUUUCUGUGCUUGCACUUCCACCAUUGGAUUUUUUCAACGAAAUAUAUUUUAAGCGCAUAUCUCCGAGUAUUCCUUGGACAGUGCCAGCAACGAGGUAUGAAGAUGGCUGAGCCAAUGAGCGUAGAGUGCAUUCCCCGAGCAAAGCUACAAGAUGUGGAAACAUUGGUCACGAAAUUCAAGGAGCAGGGAGCAACCUUCAUACAUUUUGUCACCGCUGAUGAACUGCAGUAUCACGGGCAUAUGAAAUAUAUCGAGGUCCAGGAGCAGAUUUUAACGCAAGACCUGAAACUUUCGACGGCACUUGCGGCCCCAUCCAAGUGGCAGACGCUUGAUAACAUCGUCAACAAAACAAACCUGAAACUGGGUGGCUUAAACUACGCCGUGCAUCUUGAAAUGGGUUGUGAUGCAUGGCUGAUGAUGGAAAAUCGACUUGUGGUGGGCUUGGACAUUGCGCAUCCGCCUGUUGCUUUUAUUCGUUCGAAAGAGCGAAGUGCGAUCCCAUCGGUAGUCGGAUAUUCGGCGAACAUAAAACGACAUCCUUCCGAUUUCAUUGGCGGCUACCGCUACGCAAAAGCCGAGAUGGAAGAGAUUUGCGAUGACUCUGUGCAGCAGAUUUUCGCAGAUCUCAUGCAGCACUUCAAUACGAGCCGAGGCAUACCACCGACGCAUAUUUUCGUGAUUCGUGAUGGUGUCUCGGAAGGACAGUACAAAUAUGUCGUGAAUACUGAGGUGGCCCAAGUGAAAAUGGCUUGCCAGAAGGUUGGCGGCCAGAAUUACCGCCCGCACAUCACUUACAUUGUGCUCACCAAGAUGCACAGCUUGCGCUUUUACAGAAAGAACAUUCAGCAGCAAGGCAAAGCGGCGGAGCAGAAUAUCAAGCCAGGGACGAUUGUCGACAAGCACGUUGUCAACCCCGUCCUGAACGAGUUUUAUUUGAACUCACAUUCUGCUUUUCAGGGCACUACAAAGACGCCGAGAUACACGCUGCUUUAUGAUACAUCGAAGAUGUCGGCGGAUGAGAUGCAGGGUGUCGUCCACGGGCUUGCAUUCGGCUUCCAAAUUGUGAACAUGGCUGUCUCUCGCCCGGCGCCCGUUAUGAUUGCUAGUCGUAUGGCUCAGCGUGGUCGCAGCAACUAUAUUGCGAUGUACGGCGACGAAUCGGAAAAUUCCGACAAUGGAGGUGGAGUAGAAAAAGACAUCGCGAAGCUGAACAACCAGCUUGGCUAUAUGAGUAAAGAGCUGGAAGAUGUCCGUUUUAAUGCCUAA